UGUUUCUACAACAAUAUCAACACAAUGCAUUUGAAACUAAUGUUUCUAUUGAACUGUGUUUUUAUUUUAACUUGUUUUGUGAAAUCCCAAUCGUUCACGAGAUAUAGAAAUCGUGAUUUUACUAACCCGAACUCUUCGCCUGGAAGAAACUGCGCUUAYAACAUCUGCGAACACAUUCCUAACUAUCCAGAAGAUGUCAUAAAAGAAACCGUGAAGGAAAAUGUAGCWUUUCAUUCUUACUUUGGAGACGUCGUAGGGCCAGCGAAAGAUGUCACACUUUCUGAUAGAAGUGGUGUGUUGAGUUACGAACCUUUUUGCAAAACUACAGACGUUACGAAAAUACCCAGAAUCAUGAAAGAUGUUGAUAAUAUUGAGAGAGUUAUUGUGAAUGUUGAGGGUUACAGCCAAGUUGUAAAAUUUCAAACUUGCAGUUUUAGUAAUGGUGGAAAAUGCUACGGUGGAAGUUUGUUGAAACGUGAAACAAAAUGUAUUCAGAAAUUCAACACUAUUAAACUUGUGACCAUCAACACUGAAAGAAAUGUCUUGGAAUAUCGGAAAUUUCAAAUACCAACUGCUUGUGUUUGCGCAUACUCUGACUGAGUUUCUCACAUGUUUUGACUUACUUCAUAUUAUUUUUAUUAGUAGUUAAGAAAAAAUAAAUCUAUUAAC